GGUGUACAACGGACACCUCAGUGAGGAUACCACAGUGCUGCCGGAUCCCAAAAUGUGAAAUGGGGUACUCCUCUCCUCACUCGGGCCAUCGUCCACUAUCCUGUGCGUGCGCGUUCAAUGCUCCAGCCAUCCGUUGAGCGGCCAUGAUGAUACGCUGCCGCUGGGCUGCAUUUCCUCGACCAAGGAAACCGGCCGGGCAUACUAUACAUAGCACGGCAUCGGCAUCGACACAAGAUAACAACUCCAGCCCGAAUACAUGGCACCGGCAUCGGCAUCCCAGUAAGAAAUCAAACUUAUUGACCUUUCUUUCUCGUCGAAUGUUCACCGACCGAAAACAACAGAUUUCAAUAUGAUCCCCAAACAGAAAACAUCUUGUCGUGCUUCACUUCUUCAUAUCAUAUACAACGCACGGCGGAUUAUCCUGAUCAUCAUCAGACAACCGGAGUCAGCAGCGGCUUCUUCAGAACAUGCGCCUCCAGGUUGCCCAGGACCAGGUCCGCCAUGGCCUGGCGCGUCUCGUGCGUCCCGCUCCCCACGUGGGGCACCAGCACGACGUUGUCGAGCGUGAACAGCGCCUCAGGCACGUUGGGCUCGUCCUCGAACACGUCGAGGCCCGCCCCGCCGAGGCGCCCCUCGACGAGCGCCGAGACCAGCUCGGGUUCGUCAACAUGAGGGCCGCGCCCAAUGUUGAUGAGCAGGCCCUUGGGACCCAGCGCCUCAAUCACCUCACGGUUGACGAUGUGCCGGGUCUGCUCGUUCAGCGGGCAGGCCACCACAAGGAUGUCGCUGUUUGCCGCCAGUUCGACCACGCUCGGGUAAUAGGUGUAGCUGGGGUAGUCUUUCUUUGUUCUCUGGUAGUAGUUGACUGGGCAAUCAAAGGCCUCCACUCGGGUGGCAAUGGCAAGCCCUAUCCUGCCCAGCCCGAUGAUGCCCACCCUCUUGCCACUGAACUGCAACAGGAUAAACAAAAUCUAUGA